GUCAGACCAGGAUUCAUCUAAUCCUUGCUCUCAACGGACAGACAGCUUGAUAUUUCCUUUGUCAAAUUCAUUCCCCUUUUUAUUUGUUCUCUCUCUCUCUCUCUCUCUCUGUCCUUUUAGCACCUUUAGGGUCUGUGUCUUAUGCUUCCUGUAUAUAUUUGAUCUGAUUCCCUUCCUUCUCUCUUUCUAAAACUGCAUAAAAUCACCAACCCCCUCUUCUUCUGCUUCAAAAUUUUCUCCAUGGAAGACAGCAAGCUCAUCAGGAAACAAAACCAUAGUAAUUCACACCAACAACCUACAUCCCUAGCCAUGAACAGAGACUCCCACACAAUAUCAAAAACCAAACCGAAGAUACGCAUAAUUCACAUAUUUGCACCAGAGAUCAUCAAGACCGACGCUGAGAACUUCAGGGAACUGGUGCAGAAGCUGACCGGGAAGCCAAGCGGCGGCGGAGGAGAGAAAAAGUGUUGCAAGAAGAAGAUUCAAAAGGCAGUAACUGCAGAAAGCAAAAGCUGUGGUAGCAGUAGUAGUACUGGUCUGUCAGAAGAUUCGAGAAUGAUGGUGACUACGAAGAAAACGGAGGUGAGGAACGGUGCGUUUUGGGGGAUGGAUCAGACUAAAGGGGACAGAUCAUCAGUGAAAGAAGAGAUAGGAUCAGUUUCCAGUAGUGAAGAGAGAUCUGGUUGUGGUGGGUACUUGGGAGGUUUCUCUGAUUUGGAAGGGUUUAUUUCAGAAAUUGGUGGAUUUCCAAUGCUUCCCACCUUGGAUGGAUCAACUCACAUGCAGAUGCAAGGGUUUGAACUUUUAUAGUUUAUAUAUAGAAUGAAUACACAAGUCUCCUGGCUAGGUUAAUAUAUAUAGAUCGAUCUCCAUUUCUUCAAUUUGGUGGGUUCAUAUACAUAACUUUUUAUGUUUGAUUGUGAGAUGUUUUGAUUUUUCCUUAAUUAUGAUAUAUAACAUGGCUGACUGAUAAGUUUCAUAUCA